AACUAAGUGGCAUGAACUCCCGUAUUUCUGAAUUUCCUCGCUAGGGUGAUGGUGGGCGUGAACGUCGAGACACUAUGGGCGUGGCUUGGCGACAAGCGGCGAGGGACCCGGAAAUUAUUGGCAAGGACACCCCCCAAGACCAUCGAACCCCAGGGUCUUCCUCCUGACGAACUCCUGCAUCCUGGAGUCGAGGGCGAGGAGGAGAAGGAGGACCAGCAGGAAGAAGGCAUCACAGAGGCGCUCAAACUCAAGAUGAAAGAGAGCGACGAAGACAAGGAAGGAAAGGAGAACGAAGAGGAAGAGGAAGAGGAGGCAAGGAGAAAGGAGAUGGAAACACUACUGGCGAAGGUGACUCAUCUGCACCUUGAGAGACGAGGAAUAACACAUAUUGAGGAUGUGGGUGUUUGUCCUGCAGCUCGAGUGGCCUUCCUGCAACACAAUCACCUCACGCGCCUGGCUAACCUUCGCCCGCUUAGGCUCCUACAGGAGUUGUAUCUACAGGAUAAUCAUAUCACCAGACUGGAGGGCCUAAAGGAGCUACCUAGUCUACGGCGCCUGCUGGUGGGCGGGAAUCGCGUGGGCGUGGUGGAGGGGCUGCCGCACGGCCUUCAAGAGCUGCACAUCCAGGAACAGCGCCUGCCUCCUGGAGACGCCCUCGUCCUCGAUCCACACGCCCUUGCGGCUGUACAGGUGGGCGUGGCUGCGUCUUAA